GGUAAAAUACCCCAAAUCUGUGUAUAUUAUAUAUCCCUUAAUAUGCCAGGAAUAGUAUAAAUCCCCGAAAUGUCAGGACGGUGUAAAUCCCCCCAAAUGUCAGGAUGGUACAAAUCCCCCCAAAUGUCAGGACGGUACAAAUCCCCCCAAAUGUCAAGAGAGUAAAAAUCCCCCCUAAAUGUCAGGACAGUACAGAUAUCCCCCAAAUGUCAGAACGGUACAAAUAUCCCCCAAAUGUCAGAACGGUACAGAUAUCCCCCAAAUGUCAGGAAGGUACAGAUAUCCCCCAAAUGUCAGGACAGUACAGAUACCCCCCCAAAUGUCAGGACAGUACAUAUCCCCCAUUGUCAGGACGAUACAGAUAUCCCCCAAAUGUCAGGACGGUACAGAUAUCCCCCAAAUGUCAG